ACUCCUCUCGCUCCUUUUAUCGAGCGGCGGUCCAGUCCGCGCCCGGCCUCGCUGUGGCAAUGAGCCCGUCGACCCGGCUGCCCCCGUCGCUGCCGCCACAAUGACCGCCCGCGCGCUGCUGCUGUCGCUCGCGCUGGCCGCCGUCGCCGCCCAGGACGCCAACGAGACGCUGGCGCCGUCGCCGUCGCCGUCCGAGGAGCCCAAGCAACCGGACCCGCUCUUCCCGCCCGACCUCUUCUCCGAGGAGCAGCGGCGCAGCGGCGCCAUCCUCCUGCACAUCCUCGGCGUCGUCUACAUGUUCGUGGCGCUCGCCAUCGUCUGCGACGAGUUCUUCGUGCCGGCGCUGGACGUCAUCAUCGAGAAGCUCGCCAUCCAGGACGACGUCGCCGGCGCCACCUUCAUGGCGGCCGGCGGCUCGGCGCCCGAACUCUUCACCAGCGUCAUCGGCGUCUUCGUCUCGUUCGACGACGUCGGCAUCGGCACGAUCGUCGGCUCCGCCGUCUUCAACAUCCUCUUCGUGAUCGGCAUGUGCGCGAUCUUCUCCAAAACGGUGCUCUCGCUCACCUGGUGGCCGUUGUUCAGGGACUGCUUCUUCUACUCGCUCAGCCUCAUCACGCUCAUCAUCUUCUUCAAGGACAACCACAUCUACUGGUACGAGGCGCUGGUGCUGUUUUCCUUCUAUAUAGCCUAUGUCAGCUUCAUGAAGUGGAAUCAGCCGAUGGAGAGGCUGGUAAAGAAGCUCAUCUACAAGAACAAAGUGACGAGAGUGCGAAGCACGGAUCAGCUCAUGCCUACGCACCAAACGGCCGCUCAAGCUCUGCACGGCACCGUGGCGACGUCGAGCGAGACGAGCGUCGGGACGCAGCCCGGUGGCAGUGUGACGUCACGCACAGCGUCAGAGACCCCCCAGGUGCCGUCCGCGACCAGCCACCACCAUACGGGGGCUAAGUUUCGACACGGCCUCCUCCAACUUAUGAUACACACCAUUGAUCCCCUACACGAUGGUCAGUAUGCAGGCAAGGUGGACGAAAAGGCCACCCAGCUCCACGCCAUCGCCUCCCUGAAGGUGCUCCUCGACGCGACGAAGCCGCAGAACGGGGCCGCCACCAGCUCGGCCGCCAACCACGUGAGCGCCGCCGCCGCCAAGCAGGAGACCAUGCUGGCGCCCUCGAGCAUCGCCGACAUGCCCAACGGCGUCGCGAACGCCCUCACCGACGUCAACCUGGAAGCGCGACGCAUGUCGUCUGUACGUGCACGUAAGUCACUGACCUCACAAGCAGUGGUGUGUCUGCAGGUUGGAGAAACCGAGGAGGAGCCCCCUGAAGCCAUGGACAUGGGCUGGCCUUCGGGAGCCCGCAAGAGGAUCACGUAUAUUCUCUUAGCGCCCAUUGUCUUCCCGCUGUGGCUAACUUUGCCCGAUACGCGAUCGCCUAGAGGCAAAAAGUUCUUCCCAGUAACGUUCGUCGGGAGCAUAGUCUGGAUCGCUGCGUACUCGUACCUGAUGGUCUGGUGGGCGAACGUCGUCGGCGACACGGUCCGGAUUCCGCCGGAAGUUAUGGGACUGACUUUUCUAGCUGCAGGCACCUCAAUACCGGACCUCAUCACCUCCGUCAUUGUGGCGCGGAAGGGCUUCGGCGACAUGGCCGUUUCCUCCUCCGUCGGCAGCAACAUAUUUGAUGUUACCGUCGGGUUACCAGUGCCUUGGUUGAUUUUCGGCAUCAUCUACGGCGAGCCUGUAGAGGUGACUUCGGCGGGAAUGGUGUGCUCCAUAACGAUCCUGUUCAUGAUGCUCCUCUUCGUCAUCAUGUCGAUAGCCUGCUUCCGGUGGAAGAUGAACAGAGGACUAGGAUUCACCAUGUUCUUGUUGUACUUCGUCUUUGUGGCAGUGUCGCUCAUGUUCGAAUACAACUAUAUAGUGUGUCCCGUUUAGAAUGCCAUCAUGCACGACAUUAGAGACUCGUUUUAAUAGCCAUUAUUAUAGCAAUUGUACUGAUCACACUUUCAAUAUAGCUGAUUGAAAUAAUGAAUAGCAGUUUAGAAACAGACAUUCGUAUUUCGCGCCGGGUCCUCGCCAGUCACCUCGAAAUUACUUGGUAUUACCGAAAACGACACCAAAUUCAAGCCACACGUGAGAGGGGCCGCUGCAGGGAGGGGCCCGCGGGGAGACGCACACCCACAGCCACUCGGACGCCGCGAAAUUGGCGCCAACACUGACCGGGCCAACCAGGAGGCCGUUGCCUAGCCGGAGUCGGCGCGCUUUCCGUCUCCUGACCAAUCGCCGCGGAGCGGAGGCUUGACCCUGGCCAAUGGGCGGUCGAGCUCGCGGCGCCAAAUUCGAAGGAGUCGACGAAAUUUGUUUUUGGUCACGGAAAGACUGAGAUUCAGCGCGGCCCCCGCGCUCCACCGGCCCCUGCACCGCACACCACUUUCGUUCCGGCUGUCGAUGCACUUGUUAUUUGAAGGUCACUGUACGGGGGAGGGCCCGGGAUAGUUGUUAACGCUAUUGGUGUUCAGCGGAUCAUGCACAAAGAAAAACAAUAUCGACUUCCAUGAUAGUGUGUGGACUUUAGGUAGUAGAAAUCUCCCCGACCAUGAUAGCAAUAAUAUCUAUUAACUACAAUAGAUUUUGAACUUUUUUACAAAAGGGGGACGUUUCGUAAUAACUAGGGAAAAACGAACUAGACAUUGGAAGUAGCAUUCUUUCAUUUAUUUCCGGAUAGCGCGUUUUCGUAGUGGUAUGAUUUGAGAUGUAACUUAAGAAAACCGAGGAAGACUAGACCUGGCAAGCGCCCAAUUCGCUUUGAACAAACGCACACGACAACGAACACCCUAAAAUCGAGCUGAACAAAUCAUUGCGGCAUGCAGAGAGUUCAAAGUUGUUUGGGCAAGGCUGUACGUUACAACUUCCCGAAAAUAAUAUGUUGCACUGUAGAGUUAAGUUAUAGCGCAAUAUACAUAUCUAGAUUGUAGAUAUAUUUUAGCAUAGUUAUUGUGUAGAAAGCAUGUAAAUAACGUAAUUGUUUGGGCACUUGAGAUCUUCGCAGGUCAUUGCUGAAAGUGCCUACUGUUAAUUUGUUUUACCCGAUGUGAUACAUUAACAAAUGGGAUUUGUAAGUAUAAAUGAAAAUUUUAAAAUCACACUCCUUUAUUUUUUUGUUCGCGUUUUCUUUCACCGACUUCGGUUCAUCAUCGAUAGCGGCGACGCGAGAUAUCAAACCAAAAAUCGAAAUCGCCUUAAUUUAAACCAUAAUUUUCGUAAACUCCCCUUCGCUUUUUAAAAUUUUAUUUUAAAAUGACUCUUUCCGUGUCAUCAUUUUUGAAUUGUACACCAUUCUGUAACCUUACAGAAAUCAAAAAACUAUAAAUCGUUGUGUUUUUAAAUGUCACAGUGUCAAAUUAAACUUAUGCAGCACAAAUUUCAACAAACAAACAUUUUGACACAAUUUUAAGAAAUAUAUUUUGUAUUCUUUCUACUUUUAGCAGUAAAGUGUCUUAAAUAAUUCGAGACGGCUUAAAAUGUCAAACUGCUUAUACGCAUAGUGAUGAUUUAGACCUGAGUGCCGCUUACUCGGAAAGUGAACUGUGCGACGAAUGUGUCCCCUUGUCGAAAAAGUGACCGUACUAAUAACUGAAAAUAACGUAAAAACCUCACAUUUGCGUCACUUGCUUGUUAAUAUAAUUUAUCUAAAUGCAAUGCGCUUAGUGAAACGCUAAAAAAUUAAUAAAAUUUUGAGUAACAAUUUAAUAGUAAUCACUAAAUGUCAUUAUAAAUACAGCUAGAAGUGAAAUUUUGUCGUUGGAUAUUUAAAACUUGGUAAUAUAUGUAUGGCAAAAAUUUGAUAAAAACAUUCGCUUUAAUAAUUUAUUGUACCUAAAUGUGCCUCAUACUUCGAAAUCGAGCUGUGCUAGGACUGUGCCGCCUUUUGCAUGUACUAAGUACCACGACAUGACGCUUUAGAAAUUCUUAAAUAUUAUAAAUCUUUAUAAUUUUAGGUUAUCAUAAAAUUCAACUCAUUAGUAAAGUUGUUUCUAGCAUCAGAAAUUUUACUACCAUCUGUAAGAUUUUUUGCAGUUCUUUUCAGUUUCCUGUACUUUGAUGAAUAUUCUUGAAUGUUUUAAAAGCACAAUUUUGAUAUUUCUGAAAAUGUAAGCACUCACUUGUUGUUUAUGAAGAAAAAUUGUAGUGUAAAAGAGACAUAAAUCCCAUUGCGGUUGAAGUAAUUGCGUCAGCUUAAAACAAUUAAUAUUUUAAGUUAUUUCAUUGUUUUCUAUAGUUCUUUGCCUGUUAGUAGUUUUAAUUAGAUAUGUAGCGGCAAAAUUUACCUCUAGCUGUAACUCGUUUUCAAAAUUUUCGAAAGCGAGGAUUCGCUUUUGUUUUUGAUGCAUCAAACUAGAUCAGUUUAAUUGUGCCGCGUAUUUCAAAAUCGAGCUACACUGUGAAUGUGCCGCCUUUUGCAUGUAUCGAGUACAACUACAAGUGAACAUAACCUAGCACUUGUGUUAUUAGUUGUGACGUAGAAUCGCUUUUACAUGGCUUGUUGUUGGCGACAAGUACUAUUUUGUGUUCCAUUUUCGCGUUAUUUAGCCGGGUUUAAGCUAAAUUAUGCAACAAACGCUGAAUAUGCGAGCCAAGCGGCACAUUAAGACCCAAAUCAUCACUCUUUACCUCCGACGAUUUUUGACACGUCGCACACGAAAUUAGUUUGCUCUUAAACCGUCUUUACGAAUUCUAUUUGUGUAGCAGCAGCCCCCUUUUCCGCAGUAAGAAUUUAUAAUGUUGGCACAGUUGAGACGACUCUACAAAUUCGCACUGCCACUUUUGGAUUGUUUGUUUUGUAGUGUUUGUUGGUUUAUAAAUUCCGUUGCCAACAACUCACACGCCAACAGCAUAAAUUCCUCGUUAAUAAAGCACGAUUUGCGGCGUUGAUGUCUCGCCCCUCCGCUCCUCCAAUCAACAUAAAUCAAUCAUAGCAAGUGCAAUAUUUAACAAAGCGUAGUACCUAGGAGAAUCUUAAGAGAUUACCUCGGUGAGUGUCUCUCUUAACGUAGCUAGGCUUAAAAUGUACUUUAAACACGCGGUACUUAAUAUACAUAAUUGUAAUAAUAAAUUUCGGAGGCAAAAUUGCGAUUUGAUUGACGGCUUCUCAAUUUUUGACUAUACAUAUCUACCUACGAAAUUGUUUUGUGAUUUUAAAAAAUUUGUGAUUCUCGUUAGUGGUGCACCGUACUUACGUUGACGUGCUUAAUUUGCUUCGACUGUACAUCGAUCUUAUUUGGAAAUGUAAGAAGCUUGAGACUAUCGUAGCGUUAGUUUCGAUUAUUUUUCUUUUAAAGUAGAAGACGAGGAGAUAACUGUGAGCGAAAUUUAGAUUUGAAGCUACUAAAAAAAUAUUACUAAUCGUGACGAUGGAACAAACUGUAACACGCAAAUAGUCCAGUAGGGUAGGCAUAUCAUAUUUCAGAUUCCUGCUUGAUAUUGUUAAUCUUCUAAAUACUAUUAUAUAUUAACACAUCUUUAGGAUCUAGAGUUAUUUAGAAACUAUACUCAAGAUAUUGUUAUGAUAUUGUGGAUAUUAUAUACUUAUACCUUGUUAAAACUUGACAUUAUUACGGUUUCGUUGGAAAUUCCUCCAUUCCAUCUGGAUCGUUGCAAUUUCGUAUGCUUAUUUAGACUGUUGUUGAAUAUGAAAAAUUCUUGUUGAUUCAAAUUUUCGCACUUAUGAGUUCGAGAGCAAUGAACUGUUUCGUAUUCAUCAUAAAUAAAGGAGUGAUUAAUUUGUAACUAGUCUGUAAAACAUACAAUCUCUUCAAACCGAUGCCACCAAUAUACUUCACUGUAAAAUAAUAGAAAAUGUACUUUUUGUAGAUCUUUAAUUGUAAGACGAGCAAAAGGAAAUAUUUUUGUAUCUUUGAUAUCGCUGAUUUAGACACAAAGAAGCAACAUCAAAGACGUGAAAUAUUUCGCAUUUGUUGAAAAUUUUCUUUUGUAAAGUCAUUUUUAAGACAUAAAUAACAGAGAUUAAGAUUGUUAAUGGUGUAUCUAGUAGAUUGUUAUUGCUAGAGAAUUUUUAUUAUUAUAGUAAUGUAAUAUUGACGAAACCAUUUCAUGGUAUGUUACUUUUUGCCGACAAUAUAAUAUGUAUAUUAAAGAGACUCUCAUUAAAACCACUUCGAAUUCAA